AGGCUGACACGGCCACCGUUGCUGCCAUGACGCCUACGGUGCUCGUUGUGGCGCUGCUCAGCCUGGGAGCCGCCCGCGCCGGGCCGCUGCUCUCCGACGACCAGAAGUACAAGCUCCCGGACGAUUUCCUUCUUGGAGGUGGGACCAGCGCGAUCCAGACAGAAGGGGCCUGGGACACUGACGGAAAAGGAGUAAAUGUCUUUGACUAUUACUAUCAUUCGAUGAACUCGUCCGUUAGUGUGUUGAAUGAAGUUGCCGCCGACUUCUAUGGGCAUUACAAAGAGGACAUCGGCUUAGCAGCUAAAAUUGGUCUGAACGUUUUUCGGUUCUCAUUCUCGUGGUCGAGAAUCUUCCCAGAUGGGGAUUCGUCUCAACCAGCUAAUGCGAAGGGGGUGCUACAUUACCACAACCUUCUCGAUGAGUUACGUAAUCACAACAUCGAACCAAUGGUGACGAUAUUUCAUUUCGACUACCCACAAGCUCUAGAGGACAAGUUCGGCGGCUGGGCAGGCGACGAGAUGGUUGACGUGUUUGCAAACUAUGCGGACUUCCUCUUCAACGAGUACGGCAGCAAGAUUAAGUAUUGGCUGACAGUCAACGAGGCAGCUUUUUACUGCAACGUUCUUGGUGGAUCUUUCUUAGCUCCAGCUACUCUUACCACAACAGACAAGCAGAACUCGUGCCUGAAGAAUACAAUUUUAGCUCACGCUAAAGCCCACAAGAUAUAUCAAGAGAAAUAUAAGGCCAAGUACAAAGGACUGGUUGGCUUCGGCGCGGGGCCACAGUUUGCCCGAGCAGCUAGCAGCGCAGAGGAAGAUGUUACUACUGCCGAGAAUUCCAACGUCAACACUGGCCUCGGGCUUAGUAUCGACCCCUUAGUCUACGGCGACUAUCCGGAAGCAGUACGCAAUUCGAAAAAUCUUCCGGAGGGGGUGGUGGUGGUGGGCCACCUGGAGAUAGUGGCAGUGGUGGUGGAGGACCUCCUGCAGAUGGUGGCUCUGGAGAUGGCAGUGGCGGCGGUGGAAACAGCCCCGAUGGAUUUGGUGACGCU